AUGUUGUCGCGAGUAGCGCUCCAUUGCUCGAUGGCGCAGCGCUGUUACCGAUACAGCGCACGACUUACGGUGUCCUGUGGGUCAACCGGUCGUCGCUGGUCAUCACGAGACGCUGCUGCAAGUGCCAGUUGUCAACCGGUCGCGACGUCGGUGCACUGUUCGACCUCGUGCUCACGCACUGAGGCGUCACUUGGUGCCAGUCGGGCCUAUUUGCACUCCAUAGCCAGUGAUGUCGUUGCGCUGCAGGACCUUUUCCAAGCGUUCUCUAGUGACUCGAGCGUCGCACAGAAUUUCACACAGUGUGUGAUGCGCGUACUGAAUUGUCGCGACCAGAGAAAUCGGGUGUUCGUCACGGGGCUGGGAAAGUCAGGCGCAGUCGCUCAACGUCUGGCGUCCACGCUGUCGUCCAUCUCUAUCAGUAGCCAGUGGAUACAUGGGGGAGAAUGGGUCCAUGGUGAACUCGGAGGCUUGAAGCAUGGCGACAUGGUGAUCAUCGUAUCGCACAGCGGACGGACGACAGAAUUGCUUCCGCUGCCCGACAUGUUUCGGAAAGCUGGUUGUUGCGUGAUGGCUGUCGUAGGAAACGGGAGCUCGCCGCUGAGCCAGAUCUGUGACUGGUCGAUCGUUGCACCGGCAGAAGACGAGAAUAGCUGUCCAGUUCCGUCAAGAAGUAUCAUCGUUCAGGAGGCCAUCUGUAAUGCGCUGGUCCAACAUUUGAUCGAACUCAUGGAUGAGGGUGGCGAGUGCUUGAAAAAUAGCCAUCCUGGCGGUGCCAUCGGUGCUAAAUUUGCGAAUUAA